UGUAGCUGGGUGGUUUUGGGUGGUUCGCGAGGCCGGGCAGUGGUGGGUGAGUGUGUGGUGUGAGCACGGCCUUCCCUCCUGCUGCCUGCCUCCCUGCCUGCCUGUUUGCCUGCUGGUCAGUGGCUCCCUUCUACUCGACACAUAGGCUCCUCAGAAGGGGAGUAACCCGCGGGGCAGCACCAUGGCUCCGGGCGACGGCAGAGGCGGCGGCGGUGGUUUCCGAAAGAUGAUGCUGGGAGGUGUUCUUCUGUCCCUCUCCCUCCUGCUCCUCCACCUCUACCCUGUGCAAGGAGAAAACCCGUCCUACAGAGAAUGUCAGCCUCACAUCGACGCCACCAUCAGAAAUCUAGCGGCCAAGGCGAUAGUGGCCGGGGAAACGCCCUCUGAGGACAUCAAACCCGAGGACUACGCCAUAGACGAAACAGCCACGCCGGUAUCAGAAGAACCACACCAACCAGAAGAGGUGGAGGAAGCAGAACCAGAACCUGCAGUAGAACCAGAGGAGGAAAAACCGGAAGAAGAACCAGAAGAAGAACCGGAACCUGAAGUAGCAGAGGAAGAAGAGGAGGAGGAGGAGGUGGUGGAAGAAGAACCAGUAGUGGAGGAGGAACCAGAGGAAGAGGAGGAGGAAGUGGAACCAGAAGCACCUGCAGAACCAGAAGAGGAGGAGGAGGAGGAAGAGGUAGAAGCACCAGUAGAACCACCAGUUGAACCCGAACCAGUGAAGCCAGUCGAACCGGAGAAGCCAGCAGAGAGUGAACCGAAAAAGGCUUCCCCGAAACCCGCAGCGAAAGAGGAGACGAAGCCCACGCCCACGCCCAAGCCAGCACCCGUAGAGAACAUUGGCAUCUUCAACAAGUUCAUCAAGCUUGUGUUCGGCCUGCCAAAGGAGGAACGUUCAGCCAAGUGGUCCGAGCCAUGGCAGACACACCCGGAGCACCAGAGGAAACCCGCCGCUGUCAAGGAGAAGGAAGAGAAGAAAGUGUACGGGGCGAUGGGCGGCCCUAUUGACAAGCUGGUGAGGCUCAUCUUCCCCGUGCAGGAGGUGAAGGAGAGGAGCGCCAAGUGGGCCCAGCCAUGGCAGACACACCCGGAGUUCGCCAACAAGAAGGAGGAUAAGAAGGAGAAGGCGGCUGCCUCGGAGGAGAAGGUUGUGUACGGUGCAAUGGGCGGUCCUAUUGACAAGCUGGUGAGGCUCAUCUUCCCCGUGCAGGAGGUGAAGGAGAGAGACCCCAAGUGGGCAAAGCCGUGGCAGACACACCCUGAGUUCGCCAACAAGAAGGAAGAUAAGAAGGAGAAGAAGGAAGCCAAGGAGGAGAAGGUUGUGUACGGCGCGAUGGGCGGACCUAUCGACAGACUGGUGCGUCUGAUCUUCCCCGUGAAGGAGGUGAAGGAGAGGGACCCCAAGUGGGCGCAGCCGUGGCAGACACACCCUGAAUUCGCCAGCAAGAAGGAGGAUAAGAAGGAGAAGCCUGCCAAGGAGGAGAAGGUCGUCCAUGGAGACUUAGGAGGUCCUAUUGACAAGUUAGUUAGACUUAUCUUCCCCGUCAAGGAAGUGAAGGAGAGAGACCCCAAGUGGGCAAAGCCGUGGCAGACACACCCUGAGUUCGCCAACAAGAAGGAAGACAAGAAGGAGAAGAAGGAAGCCAAGGAGGAGAAGGUUGUGUACGGCGCGAUGGGCGGACCUAUCGACAGACUGGUGCGUCUGAUCUUCCCCGUGCAGGAGGUGAAGGAGAGGGAUCCCAAGUGGGCGCAGCCGUGGCAGACACACCCUGAGUUCGCCAACAAGAAGGAAGAUAAGAAGGAGAAGAAGGAAGCCAAGGAGGAGAAGGUUGUGUACGGCGCGAUGGGCGGACCAUUUGACAGACUGGUGAAGCUGAUCUUUGAAACAGUGAAGGAAGGCACCCCGCGUGACCCCAAGUGGGCCCAGCCUUGGCAGACACACAAGGAGCACCAGAAGCCAGCAUCAGCACAAGCACUCAAAGCCGUUCCUGCCCCACCACCUAAAGCCGAGCCAGAACCCAAGCCCAAACCUGCCAUGCCUGCCCCAGCACCCAAGGUCGAGCCAGAAGCCAAGCCUGAACCUAAGCCAGUCAAGGAAGAACCAAAGCCUGCACCUAAGCCCAAGGAAGAACCAGCACCUAAGCCAGUCAAAGAAGAACCAAAGCCUGAGCCAAAGCCAGCACCUAAGCCAGUGAAGGAAGAGCCAGCACCUAAGCCUGCUCCUAAGCCAGUGAAGGAAGAACCCAAACCUGAACCUAAGCCUGCCCCUAAGCCAGUCAAGGAGGAGCCUGCCCCCAAGCCUGCUAAGCCUGAGGAACCCAAGCCUGCCAAGCCUACAUUUCCAGCUGAAGGUCCAGCUCCAGCUCCUGCCGCACCCCCAGCUCCUAGCCCCCCACCAGCUGAUGUCCCCCAAGCCCCCAGGAAGCCGGUACUGGAGCAGGAAGCACCGAAGGCAGCACCCGCUCCUGCGCCGCCUGCACCAAAGGAGGAGGAGCCGAUAAUCGUGAAGGCUACCGGUCUGCGCUCACGUGACCACCUGGAGGCUAUUCUUGGACUAGACGAGGUGUCCAAGGAUGUGGCCUCUCGCGUCAACCCUAUCGCUGACGUGACCCUGAAGGAACUGAAGAAGGUCUAUGAAUCAACCAUCGUGCCUUUGGAAACUCUGUAUAAGUACCAGGACAUCUCUAACCGACACGUAUCUGACGCAGAGCUCUUCGGCACUCCUCUUGUCCUCCUGCUGGGGCCUUACUCCACCGGCAAGUCUACUUUCAUCAACUACCUGCUGGGAAUUGAGCACACCAGGCGAGCCCUCAAGACAGGCGCGCCCCCCAGCCAAGGUGUGUUCCGCGUGAUUCAGUACGGAGAGAGGGACGCUGAUUUUGACGGUACAGCUUUGAGCGCCGACUGGUCCUUUAAGUCCCUUCAGAAAUUUGGACAGAACUUCGUUGACCAGAUGCAAGGAAGGAGUCUACGUGAGCCUCUACUGAAGAAGGUGACCUUCGUGGAGGCACCGGGAAUCCUGGAAAUGAGGAGGCCCGGGGAGCGUAUCUACCCCCUCAAUGACGUGGUGCAGUGGUUCAUUGACCGCGCCGAUCUCAUCUUGGUCAUGUUCGACUACACCAAACUAGACGCCGGCUACGAGAUGGAGGCUGUGCUGGACCAACUCAAAGGACGCGAGGCUCAGACACGAAUCCUGCUAAACAAGGCUGACCAGGUACCUGCGGAGGAGCUCAUUAAGGUACAAGGCAGUCUCUUCUGGAACCUGAGUCCUCUCCUGGGUGUCUCCUCCCCUCCCACUGUCUAUGCCGGUUCCUUCACCUCUCAGCCCUACCGCGCCAGCUCCCCUGCUAAGCUGUUCCAAGCACAAGAGGAAGCUCUCCUCACCGACUUGGCCAGCGCUAUCAACUCGAGAGUGGAGAACCGUAUUGCCAUCGCUCGCCGCCACGCCGUGCGCGUGAGGAACCACGCCCAGAUGGUGGACACCUACUUGACCACCUUCUUCAAGAACAAAGGUUUCCUCACCUCCAAACACAAGCUGGCCGAGGACAUCAUCGAGAACCCUCACUCCUACAACAUCUACGAGGGCAUGAGUCUCCUCACGAACAUCUCCCGAUACGACUUGCCCGACCCCGAGGUGUACCGGGACUUCUUCAGGGUACACAAUCUGUACGACUUCCAGACGCUCAAGGCCACCUGCUCCUACUUCAAGGGUUGCCCGCUCACCAAGAUCGACGAGGCUAUCAGCACCGACCUACCGCAGCUGCUGGAGCGCUACCGCCGCCUGGUUGAGGUGGCCCUCACCACCCCCGCUUCCAAGGCUGGUAAAGCCGCCCCCGUGCCAGCACCGCCUGUCCGUGGCAACGUGCCUGCCGCCGCCACGGCCCGCACCUCCUGAACACUCACACCUCCCGGCGCCUAGGCUGCCCCGCUAGCCCGCGGGCCGGGGCGCCGCAUCACCACACCGCUGCCGUGUGAUACGACAAUGUUCACGUGAAACGUGACUCGUUCAGCGAGCACCGCCAGCAGCAGGCGGGAGUAUGGCGGGGCCGAAGGUCACGCCCCCGCCCUACCCCCGCACCGUGUCCCGCCCGGCACACCCUACUGGAGACUAGCGCCAGCCUGACGUCACGGAGAGGACGACUCCUUUCCGAACGGCGCCCGGCUGAGCCCCGUCCCCGCCCCCAUCGCUUCCCGUACCCUGGCGCCGCCGUGACCUGCAGGUGGGGCGCGGGGCAGGUGAGCAGGGCCCUGAAGCGGCCUGCCGCCCACACGCCACAUGGAGACCCAAGACUCACGCUACGCCGCACGCAGCACGCCUGCCGCUCAGGAAAGUAGCGACCCGAGCAUUCCAGUCCCGCUGAUGCCGCCGCCCCCGCGUCUGUGUCGGGACACGGCACCGCACGCCUCGAGGCUCCCCGUGCACCUGCCGGGGAGCGGCGGCCCCUAGACGUAAGCAUUGUGUUAAGAGGGAUGAGUUAUUCUAGUCAUUAUCAGCAGAGCUGCGACGCCUCGAGGCUUGCCUCGCUCUGCACCACUCUCUCACUGGAGCCGCGUCGGGCCGCAGCUGCUGCCGACGAGGGCGCAGCGGUGGACCCGACCCGCCCCGUUGCCCACUGGGCGAUGCGGGUGCGGUUGCUCCGCGACACACGAUACUCAGAUUUCGACCCCGCAGUGGACGGGGCGGCAGCAGCCCCCACGGCCCCCGCUGCCCCGCCCGCCCAGCUGACUGACUUGUUACUAAUUGUUACUAUUAUUAUUACUAGGUAGUUGUGAAAACUUGUUUUGUGUGUGUGUGUAUUUAGCUUAGAAAGUGAGGGGCGCCGUGCCGCUAUGCCCUCACGCCCGGCACUGUGCCCACACGCCGCAGCAAUAUAUAUAUAGCAGCAGAAGUAGCAGCAGCAGCAACACCAGUAGAUCCCCGCCUCGCCCGUGGCCCGUCCCUCGUGUCCGUAGUGUAGCCCAGACGAGGCCACCGCGGCUUGCCUCCCGCACAAGGAUAUAUUGUUCCCCGCAGUCACGCGCUGGGGCCCGCCUCCCGCCCGCGGCGCGCCCCUCCCAGUAGUCUGCACCACAUAGCUUACUGAACGCGGCGUGAGGGACCCGUGGACGCCCCAGUGGUCCAACACAAUCUUGCUCUUCGCAGACUUGCAGCUCAACCCGACACUGCGUCACGUCUCUGUACAAACUGACACUACACACCACGCCACAUCACGCCACGCCACACCACACCACACCACAGCCUGGUUGUGACCCACACACACACACACACACACACACACACACACACACACGACACCCAAUCCCUUCCCUAAAAAAGAAAAUGUUGACCUGCCAGUCCCAUGCGCCAGGGAGGUAAGGUCAGGUCAGGUCAGGUCAGGUUAGGUUAGGUCAGCUGUCCUUUGACCUUGUGAUAUGUGUGCACGUGUGUGCGUGUGUGUGUGUGUGUGUGUGUGUGUGUGUGUGUGUGUGUGUGUGUGUGUGUGUGUGUGUAGGCGCAAUAACAUAAUAUUUGAGGGAGUGUUUAAAAAAUAUAACAUAUACGAGGAAA